CAAACAUUCCGUUAUCGUCUGCCAACCUGCCACGCUUCCUACCUUCAAUUUAAAGAGACUAAGUACUGUCAGUUGUCGUCAUGGGUUAGACUGAAAACCUCUUACCGUUCGGCCCCUUCCCCGGUACUUAGAAGAGGGUUCUGAGGAUUAACUAGGAGCUAGCUAUAUAGAGAACAUACACACAGAGAGGAAAUAAGAGUCCAGCUUCUUCACAACUAUCGCUGUACCUCAAGCAAUACUUGUGAACGGCGGCACACAUCAAAGGAAGAGUACCAGGUCGAACGUCAGCGAUACUUGACCUGGCCAGGAAGACUGCAGCAGUGAUCAUUGAAAAAGUCGAAAAACGUAUUUAGCCACCACCCGUUGCUCAACAAUUUGGAUUUUCAUUUUUAUUAUCUAAGUUUUUAAAAUUUAUUCGUUUUUCAUUCUUUGAUACUGCUUUCCUGAAUUGAAGGUUUCAGAAAAUAUUGAAUAACAUUUAAUUUUUUGAAGUGAUUUCCUUGUCCCGUUGCUUGAUGACAAGUUGUUAUAUAAAUAAGAAUUCUGUUGUGGAGAUAGAGUUGUAACAAAUUAUCGCUGGAGUAAGUUUCGUAAAAUGACAGUUGGAAAAGAUGUAAAUGAAAAUGGAGCAAUUUCCAACAACUAUCUGGCGAUUAAUCGCCCGGUUUACAGAACUGGUACCUUUAGAGAAAAAUACCUCAAGAACGAAGAGAAACCGCCAUUGAAAGAACGAUUGAAGACAUCGAUAAAAGAAGCGACAACAUGCACUCCCGAAAAACGCAAGAAAUGCUGUUUCAGUUUCUUUCCCGUCAUCAAAAUUAUGAAACGGUAUAAAUGGCGAACUGACCUACCAAAUGAUCUGAUUGCUGGAUUAACAGUUGGAAUAAUGCAGUUACCUCAAGGAAUGGCAUAUUCUAUGUUAGCUGAUCUUCCACCAGUCGUUGGUCUCUACAUGUCUUUCUUCCCGCCACUGGUCUAUUUCCUGUUUGGAACAUCUAAACAAAUUUCUAUGGGUACGGUGGCUGUGGUUAGUUUGAUGACUGGUGGUGUUGUCUCCCGGAUGACUGCUGCAUGGAAAGCCGAACAAUCUGGUCUCGAUGGUGGUUUGCUGAAUUCGACUUUACUAAACGGAACAAUGGGUAUAGAACAGGAACAGGAGGGCUUAUAUAGUGAAGAGGAAACAAAGUUCCGUAUUGCUAUAGCAGCCAGUGUUGGGUUCGUUGCUGGUCUGGCACAGGUUUUGAUGGGGUUUUUAAAAGUAGGUUUUGUGACGACCUAUAUGUCUGAUUCUCUAGUCAGUGGUUUUACUACUGGUGCAGCGGUUCAUGUAUUUACCAGUCAAGUUAAAUAUGCUCUAGGAAUCUCUAUACCCAGGUUUGAAGGCAUGUUUCAGAUAAUAAAAACGUAUGCUUCUAUAAUUUCUACAAUAACUAAAACGAAUAUACCUGAGAUGGUAAUAACGUUAAUCUGUAUUGUUAUUAUCUACCUGGUUAAAGUUCAGAUUAAUCAACGAUUUAAACAUAAAUUAAAAAUACCUAUUCCUGUAGAACUUCUGGUGGUUAUUGGUGCGACACUUGCUUCCCAUUUUGGUAAUUUUCAUCAAAUCUAUAAAAUAAGAGUUGUUGGUAAAAUACCUGCUGGAAUGCCGAACCCGAGUUUGAACAUAUAUAACUUUUAA